AUGAUUGUGGCCGGAAACAUUUCAGGUUAUAUUGUAUUUUGGAAUCUUGAUUCUAAUGGAGAGGGAGAAGAUGGGAUCUAUCUGAAUCAUCCACAUUGGGGUCCUAUUUUACAGGGAUUUCAGUUCAGCACCAUUGCAUGUCCAAGUGUUAUCAUAUUUAGCAGUUGUUAUGAAGGAGUUGUCCUGUUGAUGGAUGCUGGGAGAAAGGUGUUUGAUCUAGUAUAUCCCUGUGAAAAUAUUAUAUUCUCUUUCUCUCAACAACCAAACGAUGGAAACUGCUUAUAUUUUUGUGAGGGGUGUGGAGGUUUGAAUAUCUUUGAUAAGAGGACAGGAAACUGCCCAACCAAAUGGAGUUUGCAUGGUGAUAGGAUUAGCACCAUUGACUUCGAUCCAGGAAACCCGAACAUCAUCCCCACUAGUUCCUCAGAUAGAACUGCCUCUAUCUGGGAUUUGAGAAAUAUUAAUGCGGAUAAGCCUAAGACCUUGAAAACGGGUAGCCACGAAAGGGCUGUACAUUCUGCUUAUUUCUCAUCCUAUGGAAGUUCCCUCGCUACAACUAGUUCUGACAAGAACAUUGGCAUAACAAGUGUUGUUAAUACGGAAGAUCUUUUUCUUCGCAUAACUCUGUAG